CAUAGUUGCAAAAUCCAACAAGAUACCAUACAAUUGAACAAAGAGAAUUGUAAUCAUAUAAAAAAUGUUCCCUUUCUGGUUAAUCUGGGACUGCGCAAAAUCGUCUGCAAUGAACGAAGAAAGGAAUUCUCUUAUAAAGCUACGCAAAUUUUGUGCCAACGUUUUCCGUUUAUGCUUGGCAGUCAUGUAUGCAAACAACAGCAGUGGCAGCUGUAGCAGCAACAUGUUCACAAUUUAGAAUCCAUCAAACCAUCAGUGGAACAUCACACUUAGCACGCUUUUGCGUUACGGCAUUUCGAAAUAUUUGAAUUUACGAGUUUUAAAGUAUCUUCUAAAGACGUGAUUUUCUUGUUUACAAAUUGCAGAUAACGAGGGUGGGAAGGAGGAAAACAAAAAUACCCGAUAAUAAAACACGUCCAUCACAGGAACAUAAAAAAGCUAUCAAAAAAUUGUAACGCUCGUAAAAGUUUUUUUUUUUGUGUGAAGAACAACAGCAGAACAAAUCCAAUCGUUUACAUGCAGGCAUUCAUGGUCUAACACCGUCCUGUGAGAUAUCAACGCCAUCAUCAUCGACGGUUUCAUUGGCAGUUGCAUUGCCAUCAUCAUCAGAAGAAGAAUCCUUAGAUUUGUCGAGUCUCACGCGCCAUGUGUCUUUAUAUGGGUGUUGCCGAACAUUUAGUUGACAUAUUGACUUUUUGUGUCUGUCGAAUGAUUGAAAUGUCUAUUUUUGUAUUGAUGAUGACAUGUGGCCUCACAACGACAACAGGCCUACAGGAUGAAGAGGAUGUUGUCACAGGCGAUACCAUAAUCCACUCUGGAUAAUAAUGCAGGCUGUCAGUCGUCGACUAUCGAUGCCGAGAAGGAGGAGCCUGUUCAAGGACUUUGGAGGAUAACAAGUCAAGUGAUUAACGGUAAUCUGGUGUUAAUGGAAAACUUUUUGCAUUUCUACAUGUCAAUGUGAUUUACACACACACACAUAAUUCUAUGGUCUCUUACACAUAAGCAAUCAAUUCAACGAAAAGA